CGGCGGUGGCGGGUGCCUGUCCCUUUAAGGGAUGGCCCCGCCCGAAGCGCCGUGAGCCACGAAAGCUCCGGCAGCCCCAGGUGCAGGCCCGGAGGGGUUUGGUGCCGACCCUCCCUCCCUUCACCGCCCGGCGUCAUGGCUAUGAGGGAGCUGGUGGAACCGGAGUGCGGGGGCUCCAACCCCCUCAUGAAGCUGGCCGGCCACUUCACCCAGGACAAAGCCUUACGGCAGGAAGGACUUCAGGGCCCGCUGGCCUGGCCCCCGGGGGCUCCCGGAGCUGCAGCCGUGCCCAAACCACUGGGAGUGGCCACUGAAGAUGAGUUGGUUGGAGAGUUUCUGCAAGAGCAGAAUGCCCCUUUGCUGUCCCGUGCACCCCAGACCUUUAAGAUGGAUGACUUGUUGGCUGAGAUGCAAGAGAUUGAACAGUCCAGCUUCCGACAGGCCCCUCAGCGAGCUCCAGGUGUGGCAGCCUUGGCACUCUCUGAAAACUGGACCCAGGAAUUCUUGGCUGCAGCAGAUAGUGCUGGUGAUGUCUCUUCAGAUUACAAUGAGGCUGACUGGUCACAGGAAUUCAUUGCUGAAGUGACAGAUCCACUGUCUGUGUCUCCUGCAAAGUGGGCAGAAGAAUACUUAGAGCAGUCAGAGGAAAAACUCUGGCUUGGGGAAUCAGAAGACCAGUCUUUGGCAGAUAAAUGGUAUGAGGAAUAUCAACCUGAGGAUGAUCUUAAGAAAACUGUUAGUGAUUUCCUCUCUAAAGUGGAUGAUCCAAAACUCAAGAAUUCUGAGUUCCUAAAGUUUGUUCGCCAAAUCGGAGAUGGGAGGGUAUCGAUUGAAGCUAAUCAGGUGACCCACAGAGACCAAGAUCAGGCAGAGCAAUGGGCAGCUGAGUUUAUUCAGCAGCAGGGGGCAUCCGAUGCCUGGGUGGAUCAGUAUGCACGAUCUGGGAACAUGUCAACUCUUGAUACGGAAUUUGAGCAGGCGAAGACUGCUGUGGAGUCAGAUGUGGACUUCUGGGACAAACUCCAGGCAGAAUGGGAGGAGAUGGCAAAGAGAGAUGCAGAGGCCCACCCUUGGCUCUCUGAUUAUGAAGACCUCAGCUCUUCAUCAUAUGACAAGGGUUACCAGUUUGAGGAAGAUAAUCCCAUGAGAGAUCACCCAGAUGCAUUUGAAGAGGGACGGAGGCGUUUGGAGGAAGGUGACCUCCCCAAUGCUGUCUUGCUCUUUGAGGCUGCAGUGCAACAGAAGCCAGAUCAUAUGGAGGCCUGGCAGUAUCUGGGAACCACUCAAGCAGAGAACGAACAGGAGCUUUUGGCAAUCAGUGCCCUCAGACAGUGCUUGGAACUGCAGCCUGGGAAUCUCACAGCACUUAUGGCUUUAGCAGUCAGCUUCACCAACGAGUCCUUGCAGAAGCAGGCAUGUGAGACCCUACGGGACUGGCUACAAAAUAAACCAGACUAUGCCCAUCUGCUGAAGAAGGAAGCAGAGGAGAGUGUCUCUAAGACAGACCUGGGGCCUUCCAAGCGUGUCCUAGGUUCCCUGUUGUCCGACUCGCUGUUCACAGAGGUGAAAGAGCUGUUCUUAGCAGCUGUGCGCAGCAACCCCUCGUCUGUGGAUCCCGAUGUUCAGUGUGGCCUGGGUGUCCUUUUCAACCUUAGUGGCGAGUACGAGAAGGCCGUGGAUUGCUUCAGUGCUGCACUCAGUGUGCGCCCCAAUGACCAUCUUCUGUGGAACAAGCUCGGGGCCACCCUGGCCAAUGGGAAUCGGAGUGAGGAAGCUGUGGCCGCGUAUCGUCGGGCACUGGAGCUCCAGCCGGGAUACAUCCGCUCCCGCUACAACUUGGGCAUCAGCUGCAUCAACUUAGGUGCCCACCGGGAGGCCGUGGAGCACUUCUUAGAGGCUUUGCACAUGCAGCAGAAGAGCCGGGGCCCACGGGGGCAGCAAGGUGCUAUGUCUGACAACAUCUGGAGCACCCUCCGCAUGGCCCUCUCCAUGCUGGGGCAGAGUGACCUCUAUAGGGCAGCUGAUGCCCGUGAUCUCCCCACACUGCUUCAGGCAUUUGGCCUCCAGCAGUGACUCUGGGAUGGGCUCCCCUGUGAGUGUGGGGUUGGCCUAGCCCAGCAGUGACCUUUCUUAGAGAGGAAAUGUUCACUAGGGUUCACACAUGUUUGCUCUGGUAGGGCAGAUCAUUGGCAACUGUUUUAACAAGUACCUCCCACUGAAGUGUGCAACUUCUUCUACCUGUCUGUUGUGGUCUGAGCAUCUCUGAGUGGUUCACAUUAUCACCUCCAUGACUGAGUGACACUCUGCUGGUAGGCAUAUGAUCCAAGUGGGGAAGACAGCAACAUCCAGCCCUCUUGCCAGACUGCAUUUGCAGUAGUGCCCAGCUUGGCUAUGAGACCUCAUGAUAGCCAUUCUGCAGAGCCUGCCUGCUGGUCAUGUCUCAAUUGCAGGCUGCUUUGGUGGGGUUGGAUUGCCAUGUGGUGCAAGGGUGAAUAAUUCUGGGUUUUGAGCGUGCUUCCCCUGUGUAUGUGCUUGCAUGUGUGUAUAUGUGGAUUGCUAGGAAAAACCGAGGGCAGCAGUCUCCAUUUCUGGGUACUGGUAACUUCAUGGUACAGUCAGAUGUCUUCAUGAGCCUUUGAAGAGCAGAGUAUUGUACUUAUGCUAGGGAUACAAAUGGGGGCCCUUAGCCUGUCAGGGUAAGAGGAGAUUCUAAAGUUCACACUGAAAAGAAUAUGAUAGGAAUGAAAGUCUAAAAUAUAACCUCCUUUCCCAGAAUAUGGUGGGGAAAGGGUCAAGUCUUAAUUUUCACUUGAUCAUCUGUCAUUUUUUGCCUUUGUGCGGAAGUUCCCCAUCUUGCGUGUAACUGAAUCUUGUUAAUUAUAAAUAUCUGUAUAUUAUUCUAUUGAGGAAAUGUUUUUAAUUGUAAAGUAUUUUAUAUAAUAAAAGGGGGAGAAUGAAAAUUGCCAAAAUUACA